AUGACUCCCACCUCCACGUCUACUGUUUCAACGACUUCGUUUUCCAAGAAAGAUUCUCUUCGAUUUGAGGAGCUGAAAAUUUCACCAGUGGAAAGAAGGGUAAAACGACAACUUCGUUUUCUGACUUCUGCAAAAACUUCUGGUAAGAAACCCUUGUCACUUCCAAAUGAAUCUCUCUUCCUUGGCCUUGAUAGUGAGAACAUGACAUAUUUGGAUGAAAAAUCUCAUCAACAGCUUUUGUCAAACGUUUCCAAAACAGAAAAGCAUCACUCAAAAGAUAUGACGUCAGACAGAACGCCUAUUGUUCCAGUUGGAGAUAUGGAUUGCAGUAAUAAAUACGCGAAUAUUGCAUCGGAUGCAAUAAUUGAUAUGUACCAUCCAGACAUUGGACAGAUUCUUGAUUUCCUCUUCAUUGGUAGCAUCGAAGCAGCCUAUAAUGACUCCUUACUUAAUAAAUUUAAAGUCAGGUCUGUAGUAGAUGUAAGCAAUGUGGACUUUACGGAUGUCUCAAGUUAUAGAAAAGCUAUUUCUCCUUCGCAAACACAAAAUUUCCGCACUAGACUAUGCAUUGGUUUGUCUCAAGAAGGGAGGGACAAUAUCUCUGUCUUUUUCGAUGAUGUCAAUAAGUUCAUCGAGGGUGCAAGAAAAGCUAACCGAAAAGUUCUCGUUCACUGCUUUAGAGGGCGCUCGCGAGGACCUGCGAUGAUCGUUCAGUAUUUAAUGCAGUUUCAUGGUAUGAACUUGGAUAAUGCACAUAGAUUUAUAUGUGAAAAAUGGCCUCGUGUUGAUAUACAUCCCAACUACUUCAAGAAAUUGAGACAACUAGACAAAAAUCUUAAGUCUUCAAGUAAAAGAAGAGAACACAAUCCUUUGUUUAGAAGAACUGCUUGGUCUUGA